CACUGCCCUUUUGAAGUGAAUUUCGGUACUUGACCCCAUUGGAUGAAAACUGAGAGUCCGAUGAGCAUUUUGGUUGCUUGAUCCUUUUUGUUUCUGAAUUGCCACGUUAGGAUUUGGUCAACUUCCUUCACACUGGUUUCAGCUCACGGUGAAUCGCGAGAGUGAAGCAGGGGGUUGAAAUAAAGGGCUUUUUUGCACGUUUGUAUACUUUAAGCGAUUUGCACAAGAAACCACACGCCUCCCGUAUCACCUUGUCGCCGGUGUGAAGUCGCGGAUUGUCCGCUUUUCCAGACUGAAUCGGAGGAGUCGAAAGCGGGCGCUUUUAAAAUCAUCUGAAGGGCGGUUAUUGAGUUGGCGAACACAUCUGUUAUCUCUGGGUUCAGUGUGUGAGCUGCACUGAAUCCAGCGAGCAUAUUAAGCAUCAACUGGUCAUCGGGUAGUAUUGGCGAUGAAACCUGAUGGGGUGGCCACAGCACCGUCUGAACCAAUGGAAGCCGAAGCAACAGAACCCGUAACAGAACCAGCCAGCAAUGACGGGGCAUCUCAAAAUGGCACUACACCAUCACCCCCACAACCUGAUGAACCCCAAAAUGAGCAAGCGGCUCCUCCAGCUGUAAAGGAAGCUUCUGGGAAAGCAGCAGAUGCGAAAAGCAAACCCAAAGGCCCAGUCAAAAGCAAGAUUGCUGCAGGUCCAGCUACCACUGGACCAGGCACACGACCCAAAGCAACCCAAAGCCGUGUGGCUAAUGGAGUCACGAAGACUGCAUCAGGUACCCCAACCAAGAAACCCAUUCCUGCUAGCACUGCGGCAGCAGACAAGAAGAAACCCACAACUACCGUUGGAUCUUCUGGUCUAAGUAAGAAACCAGUUGGCUCUUCCACUGCCAUUACAACCUCAAGGGCCCAACCUAAAGCCACAACUGUUGGAACUAGCAAAUCAACGACAACCACCACAGCCAGUGGAACAAAGACAGGACCGGCUGCCAGCACAGCCACCAGCCUGAGUAAGAGACCUGCCACUAGUGCUACAACCAAACCCAAAACCACAGCUCCUGCUCCAAGGCCAGCUGCUGCCCCUGCUGCCAAACCCACUGCAGCUCCCAAGACUAACAGGGCAACUGGAAGUUCUGCCCCACGACCAGCUGCUACUUCAGCUACAGGAAGAACAGUAACCGGUACAACUACAUCUACUUCUGCAGUUCCAAGAACAAGCCGCAGUGCUGCACAACAGCCUGUUAAACCCUUGGUUACAGCAUCAGCUGUUCGGAAAGAUGUUGGAAAAACAAAUACUACAGCACCUGCGAAAAAAACAGUUGCCUCAACAAUAUCCCGUCCUGCUGCCAGCAAGCCUUCAAUUUCAGAGGCUCCUAAACCAGCAGCAGCUACCAAACGACCUCUACCUGCCGUCAAAGCACCUCAACCCAAACCAGAUGACAAAAAAAGUGUACCUACACGUAAGGUUCCUCCUAGUCCACGAAACAAUCUCUCACGACCAGCAUCAGGCAAGAACACUGCGGCAUCUCCCAGUCACAAACCACCAGGUAGCAUGGUCAGUGCGAAGCUUCAGCCAGCUAAACCGACAGAGUCUGUCAAAGGAAAGCCUGAUGAUAAAGAACCUGCAACAAAACCUGAAGAUAAAGAACCUGCAGCAGAACCUAUGCAGCUUUCAGCAGCUGCAGUAGCUACUGUUGCUGUAGCCACAGCUGCAGCAAUAGCUGGGGAAGAAUCUGUUUCAGAGCCUGAAGCUACUCCAACUGUAGAGAGCUCUCUGGAUGUCCCAACCUCUUCUUUAGAUGUUCAGGAGAAGGUAGACAUGCAGGUCACUAAUGUCAACUCCCAAAAUGUGCUGGAUAUUUCAAACACUGAGCCAGAGGCUCAAGAGGCCUUAAUAGAAGCUGGUUCUGUUGAAGUGGUUUGUCCGACAUCAACUGUAGUUGAUCAAGAAUCUGAAGAACAGCCAUCUGGAAUAGUUGACGAAGUUGCAGCUGUGGCACCAGUUCCAGAGGAAGAAACUGAGCGGGAAACCUUAACGGCUUCACAAUUUGAUAACUCUGCUGCUGCCAUAGUGUCCACUGGCAUAGAGGCGGUUGAAAAAGCUGAACAGAUUAACAGUGACUGUUAUGAAGAUGUGGAAGAAGAAGAGAGGGAAGGCAGUCAACAAGUGUCUCUAUCAGAAAUGAGUGGCACCCAGCCUACUGAAGAGUCUCGACCUGGGUCUGCUGGGCUUGCUGGCUCCGUUUGGCGGGCAGGAGCUUUGCUCUCUGAGCUUGACUCUGAGGAUGUGAGUUGCAGCCAGCAGGGAGCAUCAGAGCUAAGUGCUCCAGGUGUCCUGGAGGGCACAGAGAGCAUGGAUGAUCUAGGGGAUGCAAGCCUUAAAGGAGCUGAUGGUGAAGGUGCAUCUGUUGGGUCCCCUGACUUUGAGAAGGUUUCUGAUAUUCUUACUAAUGAGGAUGAAGAUGAUGAGGAGGAUGAUGAUGAUGACGAUCGAGUCUGUGACAUGGAGGUUGGGUCAGAAAGAGCAGAGGACUCUAAUAGGCAGCAUCAUGACAAUGAGGAUGACGAAGAAGAUGAAGAUGUAGAAAUGGCAAGCGAGGGCAUUACUGAGAGCGGACUUGAAAGUUAUGGGAAUGCAGAUGAAGAUGACUUGACUGAAGACUAUAGAUUAGACAACUUGAACCGAAUCCAGCCUCCUCCAUUGGUUCCUUCUGCACCUCUGGCAACCCAGUGGAACCAGCCUAGUUACUUUGCAGAUACCUGGGCCCAGCCACCACAACCUGCCUCAACACUUCUUUCAAGUCCUUCCCCUGAAUGUUGGCAAGCAGACCCAGAAACCCCAACACAGACACCUGCUCAAGCAAGACUUGAUGUUACCUCUGAAGGAGGCUCUCCAUCAAACCUUUUAGAGCCUCCACCUUGCACACCUCAACUAGCCCAAGUAGCUGCUGCAGAGGGGAGUGUUAGCCUCAAACCAGGGUUAACACCCUCUCAAACUUGCAAGUUCCUGUCUGAUACUUCCAGUGACCCUGACCUAGCAUCCGACAGUCCCAGAGACACAAGUAUACCAGAAGAGCUGAAAGACAACAACUUUUUGGAUAUUGAGACUCAUUCUAAAGUAGAGCUCCAGCCAGAACCACUAAACCCAGUCCCUGCUGUCUUGCCAGACAUCAUGCAGGAUCUAGGCAUCCACCUUGAACGUGCUGAUGAGGAAGAAGAACCCGAAACUCUGCCAGCUGAUGAUGUACUGGGUGGUCCAGCAACUGCCCCAUCAUCUCCUUCGUCAGCAACUGAGGAUGAGGCAAGUGACACCGAAGGUGAAAUGCAGAUAAGUGACCCUCAAGCUGAAGUAUCUGGCACUGGGAAUGUCUUUGGAACAGCACCUGUGGAGCAUAACUUGUCCACUCUCGAGGAAUCUGAAGAAAUGAGUGGGGAGAACGGAGGUGGUGGUGGUGGUAGCGAGACCCCUCAGUCUGCCACUUCUGCUGCAUCCUACGGCUUCGACUACAUGACUUCCAACUCUAAUGCCCAGUCAUCUGCCGAGAGUUGCAGCAAGAGUCCUGGCAUCUUUUCUCUAGAAAAUGAAGAGCAGCUCCCAGAUGAGGCAAAGGAUCCAUCUCUUCUUAAAGAGUUGACCCUAAUACCCACUUCUGCAUCUGGGGACAAGAUUGACCCUAUUAACAGCCAACAUGGAGAGAUCCGGUCACACCCAGAGCAGCAGUACAUGCUGUGUGGAGAGUCCAGAGAGCUGCCUGAGCCUGAUUCGGUACCAGGAGCUGUACCAUUAGAGUCUGGCUUGAUUGAUCCUUCAUCCCCACAGCACCUGCAGGAGGACCAAGAUCUUGACACUCAGCAUCCCUACUACUCCACUAUAUGCGAAAAAACUGAUAGUCCCCUGGCAGAAAGAAACUCCCACUUUCCACCACAACCAAAUGACUUGCUUUCCAUCCAAAUGACGAUGUCAUCCAAACUUCGUCUCCGGCCACGUGCUCCCCAUGUGACCCAACCACCACGGCUUCCCACCGACCUCCCUCCCAGAAUACCAAACAUGGUGUCAAACACCCAGCUCCGAUGUCUAGAGCAACACCAACAGCACCUUCAUGAGAUCCAGCAACGGCAGGAGAAACGUAAUCGAGAACAAGCUAAACCGGAAGAAGCAAAAGAGGAGAAACAAGCAAGGAAUGAGAGAGAGCAGCAAGAUGAGGAACAGAGGAGAUCUUUACUUGAGUUACAACUUAAGCAGCAAGAGCAAGAACUGAAGCAGCGACAGCAGAUCAUGCAGUGGCAACAAGAACUUGAACAACAACAACAGCAACAGCAAAAACACAAGGUCCAUACACCAGUUGUCCACUCUCCUUCAUCAGGUCUCACCACCAUCUAUGAAACUGUGGAAACGAGUGACUCAGAAGACGAAGAGGAGGAAGGCCAAGGAGUGGUUGAGGAAGUAGAAGAUAAAAAUUCCUUUAAUGUAAGCCCUGGAGAAGAUGUGCAAAGAUGCACUGAAGAAAAUGACUCUGCUGAGCUUUAUUCACAAUGUACAACACCUUCCCCAGAGUCUAUUACUCGGGGUCCACAGCGAGAGCUUCAGGAGACAGAACCUUCAGCAGACCAAGACAGUUCUCCCUUGGGAUUUCCUGAACGACCUACACCUCUGGAGUUCGACUGGUGCAAGAAGGUGGACAUUGUCCAGCAGCUUAUCAAUCAGACGUUACUGCUUGCAGGUGAUGGUUGCUCGCCACUUCUUCUGCUACCUGGAGGAGCAGGUGGGACACUCAGCCCUCUUGAAAGCAGCCUGUGGCCUAACUUGUUGCCACCUUUGACACCCCCUUCAGCCACUGUGACAUCUGUGAGCAGCUUCUCACCUGAGGCUCCAGGCAGCUCUGCUCAGGGUGAGUGGACCGUUGUAGAACUGGAGACACAUCACUAAGGAAAGCUGAAUGCUUACCAAAUAUAAACUUUUGGACUCAAGAUACUUGAGAUGAAGGUCCACCAGUAGGAAAGCGCAUGUUGUAGCAUUAGAUAAUGGAGUCUUCUCUUGGCAAAAUCUUACUUAGGAUGUAGUCACGCAUUUGACUGGUUCAUCCAAUUUUGUUCUGCAGUAUUUCAGAGUAGAAAAUUGUGUGAACCUGAAACUGAUACUGCACAGUGUGCUGGACUAUCACCAUCUUGCCCUCUCUUUGAUUUGUGUUCAUACUGACAGUUAUUCUAGUGCAGCAAGCUUUCAUUUCCACUCCCUGCUCAUCCAAAAGCAAUGAAACACUACAGUCCAUGCUUUAUGCCGCUGAUACAACCUCCCUGCCAAAUUGAUCAGCCAUAUCUGACCUGCCCUCAUGCCAAAAGGCCAUUUCCUUGAGGCUUAAUGGAGAUGUCUAGCUGGCUUGAGCUACAUACAUUUAUCUCUUACUCAUUAUUGAGCCUUCUACCCACAAAGGAGGCAAGAUGCCAACUCCGUGACUGAGCAAGUUAAAACCAAAUGGGCUCCUUUCUCUGACUUUGAGCAGAAGAUUAGUGAAAAAGAUAAAACCUUGAGGUAAAUUGAAACAUGCAGGUUCAAAAUUCAGAUCAAGCAGUCUUUGUGCACUAUGCUGAUUACAAAAAAAAAGACCCAAACACGUUUAAUUUAGUUCUUGUGCAAUUGCACAAAAUUAUUAGUUAUUGAACAACUCUCUGCUUGCGCAUUCUACUGUUUGACACGAUUUGCAGGAGUUAAGGAGAGUAUUUUAAAGUAAAUUUGCUGAUUCAACAGCUGUAGUUGAUCCAAAUGGAAAUGUUUAAUUAAUUGAGUAAUUGUGAUAAUGCUAAAAUACAAGACGGUAUUGCAUAUUUUCCAAAGCAUGCACAGCCAUCCAAAAUUUUAAACUGAUUUGGUUUUGUUUUUGGUUUAAUCCUUAUCUUAAAGAAGCAUGACUCAUGAAGUACUAAGUAAUGAUUUUUUUUUUUCCUCAAGUAUAUGCACUGCUGUAGCAUUUUAAAAAUGGCUGACACCAGACGCUUUGCCAUUACAGGGAUUUUUAAUUAUAUUAUUAUUAUAUUUUUAAUGACACAGGAAAAACUGUGCAGCUAUAUCAAAUGAUCAUCUUUACUGUGAACCUUCUGAACACUGUGCCUCCCCUACCGGUCCGAAUUAUGAAUGAUUAGUAUCUAUCUGAGGAAAAAGGAGCAGCUCUUGUAACUGCACUCAUGCAGUUUAAGUUUUCUGGUUUGUUGUGCCUGAGAUUGACUCUGACAUUUAGAGGACCUGAAGGACUUUUUGCUAAAUAAGCACUCUCAUACACUGUGUCACAAUAGCCUCCCAAGUGUUUACUGUCUCUAAUUUGGUUAGAGAAAUUGUUAGAUCUCAUCUAGUAUGAAUGGAAAAAAUGUCUUUCUGAAGUGCUCUGAAUUGUUUGGUCUCUACGUAUUUCUCUGCCACCACCGAGAAAGAAAAAAAAAAAAGAAAAGAAAAAAGUUGGCCUAUUAUGUUCACCCAAAUUUAUACUAAUAAUGAUAAAAUUGAAUGUUGUUUAAACAUUGAUGUUUGUGAGUCUGGUGAGGAGUUUUGUUUGUCUGAAUGAAUUGAAUGAGGUUGGCCCAGUGAAACGUUCAAGCACAAUUUGAUUAUUGUAGCCCCUAUUAUCGUUUUUUUGUCAUAUGUGAUGGUACAUGUAUAUUAUUUUAAAGGGACAAUGAUAAAGUCUGUUUACUGUAUUAUGAAGAGAGAUUACUGUUUUAAUUUCAUUUGUGCUGUACUGGUGUGUACUGCCGAUUUGUCUAGUGCUGUGAAGUAGUUUAGAGAUUUGUAUAAUAUUGUGUUUGUACACUGUAAAUGUAGGAGCAUUUAUUUAAAUCAAACUUUUAUCAAAGGAACCGCUUUACAUUUUAAUCAGGGAACAGGGAUUCCAGGUAGAUUUUGUCUUUCAUUGUAUUUUGGCUUAACUACUGUUGUUUAACAUAUCACAGUUACAAACACCAUACAGGGAAAGCUACUGUAUCGACACACGAACCAGCAGUAAAAAAUGCACUGAAAAUAACUUUAUAGCUUUGACUGGGUUGAUUUACAAGACAUAUGAAGGAAUACAACAGCAUUAUUCAUAAUGCUCUACCCAUCUCCACUGAUCUUUACUGUGUUUUCCAAUUGUGGAAAGACUUAACUGCUUCUGUCUUUUAUUGUGUAUAUUUUUGUAAUUUAUUGUUUUAAAAGGAAGGAUUGUUUUAUUUCUUUGUUUUAUAGAGAAAAGUAGGCAGUGAGCCUUGGCUGCCAGCAGGUUUUGUUUCUGGACUUUGUAACGAAUUACUUGGACAGCCACUGUAUUUUAAUGUUUUCAUGAAAAAUAAAGUUGGUUUGACAUUUAA